AUGCUGAUGCGUUUAACAAAAGAUAUUUCUAAUUCAAAGAAAUCAACAACCAGCAUUUCAUCAGAACAUGUACAAUCACAAUCAGGAUCGUCAUCAUCUUCAUCAAUCAAUUCAUCCAAACCAUCGAAAUUAUCAACAAUUAAUCGAUUUCGAAUGUUAUGUCGUUCGUCGUCAGCUGAUGCUGAAACUGCACCAAAACCAGAACAAAAAGCAAAACCAUUUAUUUUAAAACAAGAAUUUAGUUUCCAUAUAUCCACAUCCACCAGUACAUCUUCCAAAGAUUUUCAAACAUACUGGAACGAAAAUAAAACUCGUCUUCCAAUUUUAGCAUCUUAUGCACGUCGAUAUAAUUGUGCACCAUCAACAUCAGCUGCUUCUGAAUCAGCUUUUUCAGUUGCAGGUUAUGUUGACAGAAAACAACGAGCAUCAUUAUCAACAACCACCUUACGAUAUCUGAUGCUAUUAAAACAAUAA